AUGACCUUUGACCUCCCCUCUGCCCCUGGCUGCUUGCGCACACUUCCACUUCUCCAUUCUUCCCCUGAGCUCGUUCCAGCCGCACUUCCACCCCCACUUUUUUACUUUGGUCUUCGUACUCAUGCUUUCCUCACCCACACACAUCCGCGAAUGGUUAUAAUUGAUUGUGGUGUUUUUCCUACCUCCGAAUUUUUCAUAGCGACCAUUCGGCGUCGGUUCAACAAAUCUGCUGCUGCCGUUCGCGCACGUAUGGCACAAAAGUGUAAGGAUGAGCGGCGAUUUGGCCGACUCAACCCAACUCUUCUUUUGGCUGCUGCUGCGGCCGCGGCUGCUGCUGCCUCCAAUUCAUCUUCCUCUUCGUUUCCGACUAUGCUUGCGAAUUCUUGCUCGACUAUUUCAAAUUCGAACGAGGAAGUUAUCGGAACAGCUGCUCUUUCUGCAAUUGCGACGAACUCUUCUCCCGCUCCGUCGACCUGUGCUUCGCCGACAGCUUCGAUGGGAACUGCCGUUCUGGCAUCUUCCCUUUCUUCUUUUUCUUCCUCAUCUUCUUCUUCCUCUUCCUCUUCCUGCUCUUCCUCUUCAUCCUGCUCUUCCUCUUCCUCUACUUGUCAUGACUUAAAUUCUUCAUCUUCUUCCGCACUUGUGGCUCCUACUUUUGCCACUGCGACUUCGACUACAAUAACUUCUACCACUAUUAGCACUGUUUCAUCUGCGCGCCAAUCUGCGAUAGUUGCCAACUUCGCUAACAGUGCCACUGGUCUUUUCUCGUCAAAAGCCGCUUCAAUGGUCGCUUCUCUGAAUGGUUUUCGCCCCGGCAAGACCACUUUCAACUUUGAUGGCCACGAAGAACCGCCUGCUGCUCGUCCUGCUGCUAUCACUCCGGCUCGUCCCCCUCCAGGCUUGCUGGGCGUCGAUGCUCGAGCCCUCGUUGCUUCGCAUCGUGGCUCCUCUGCUGUUACCGGGGCUUCGAACCGUCGAAUGUGCGCCGAUGGCAAUCAAUCUGGCAAGCGCAGAGCUACAGCAGGUACAGCUUCUGAAAUCUCAGAGAAAAAGCGCCCAUCACAGAGCGUGGUUUCACCAAACGAGUUAAUAUCAUUGACCUCUGGAGCGGUCUUGUCUGAACCUGAACCCAAGACUGCUAAGAGGAGACAGAAGAAGGCGGUUUCCGCUACCACUCCAAUGUUGAAUACAGCAACAUCGCUGGCAUCCACUGCUAACCAGCCUCCCCCAAUCUCUAUUCGUCAUGAGGAAGUGGACGAUAAUAUUUCUCGUUCAGACAGACUCACAGUCACGUCAAUUCGAGAUACUGUUGGAUCAUUUUCGCCUAUCGUCUCUGCGAAUUUCACUCCUAUUCCUACAUCAGAAGAGUUUGCUCUUGGCGGGAUUGUCAGUUCGGUUGUAGCUUCUGUUGCUUGUGGUGGUGCUAUCGACGGUAAAAGUAGCCUAGAACCUGGUAUCGUUCUUGAAUCGGGUUUAUUGAUGCAGCAGCAUACGGCAGUGCUGUCGCCUAAUGGCUUGCAGGCGACUUUGUCUCCUGGUCUUCAGCAGGAUGUUGGUCAGACUGGUUUCGUUAACUUGCAGGCUAAUACUUUCUCCUCUACUUCAUCUUCCUCCUCGUCGUGCUCUUCUGCUUCAUCUUCGUCUCCUUCGCCAACUUCAACGACGGCGGCCUCAGCCUCCUGUCUUACUUGUGCCAGCGGAGCAGGCGAUGUGGAAGAGGAGGUUGCGUUUGUCUUGGCCGUAGUCUCUAGGCUUAGCAACUCUAAGGACAGAUUACUUUCCAACAAUCGGUAUUCCUCUGGCACCGUAAACAAGCUUCUGGCUGGUGGAAACUUUGUACCAAGCCGUCGCGAUCUUUUGCCGGCAUACCAAAUCUGUAAACCUGGUGUGUAA